AUGGUCCUUUGGCUUUUGGUCAUCUCCCUGCACCUGCAUAUUCUCCAAUGUCAUGCUGCCACGGACACCCUCUCGCUUAGCCAAGAACUAACCGGCCAUGACAAACUUUUGUCCAGCAAUGGCAGGUUUGCGCUUGGCUUCUUCCAAACCGGGAGCAAGUUCUCUGACAACACACCAAAAUGGUACCUUGGGAUUUGGUUCCACACGGUCCCCAAGUUUACAUCCGUAUGGGUCGCCAACGGUGAAAAUCCUAUCGCCAACCUCUCAUCGUGCAAGCUUGUGCUUUCCCAUGAUGGCAACCUUGUCGUCCUCCUAGAGGAGACCACCACGGCUUGGUCCACAAAAGCCAACACCACAACCAACACCACCGUCGCUACUCUCCUCGACGAUGGAAACCUUGUCCUACGUAGUGCAUCCAAUUCAUCCAAUGUCUUUUGGCAAAGCUUUGAUUACCCCACCGAUACUAUUCUUCAAGGUGCGAAGAUAGGCUGGAACAAUUCCACCGGCUUAAUCCGCCGCCUUGUCUCCAGGAAGAACACCAUUGACCAAACUACCGACAUGUACUCUUGGGAGUUAUCUGGCAAUAAUGGUGGUCAUACUACCAUUGUUUCUAUGUUUAACCCGUCCCAACAAUAUUGGUCAAGCGGAGAUUGGGGAGGCCGAUACUUUGGCAACAUCCCAGAGACCGUAGGACAGACCUGGCUCUCACUUGAUUUCACGAGCAAUGAAGAAGGUGCUCGUGUGGUUCGAGGGAUCACAAGAUUGGCAACCAUCUACACUGCACUAAAAUCUCAAUGUGAUAUCUAUGCUUCAUGUGGCCCUUUCACGGUCUGCAACGAUGUCCCCUCCCCAUCGUGCAGCUGCUUGAAGGGCUACUCCAUACGAUCACCUCAAGACUGGGAGCUUGAUGAUCGAACAGGAGGAUGUGCAAGAAAUACUCCACUCUACUGCAGCGCCAACAUUACUGGAGUCGGCAAGGCAGAUAAGUUUUACCCUAUGAAUUCUGUCCAACUUCCUGUUGAUGCCAAGAAUGUUGGGAUAGCCACCACUGCAGAUGAAUGCUCACUUGUGUGCUUGGGAAGCUGCUCCAGCACCGCAUAUUCGUACGAUCAAGGUGGUUGCUUCAUUUGGCAUGACAAGCUGCUCAAUAUUCAGCAACAAGGUAACAAUAUUCUUCACCUUUGCCUCGCUGCAAAAGAAGAGCAAAGUAGUAAUACCAAUAGAAGGGGGCUAAUCAUUGGUGUUGCUAUUGGUGCAAGUGUUGCCAUUGUUGGUUUGAUAUUUCUAUGGAUGCUUUGGAUGAGAAAAGGGAGGUGGUAUGGUGAUAAUGUUCAUGGUGGCAUGGGGAUCAUUGCAUUCCGAUAUGCCGAUUUACAACAUGCAAAAAACAAAUUUGAAAACAAGUUGGGGGCCAGAAGUUUUGGUUCAGUAUUUAAGGGUUCUCUAACGGACUCGACAACCAUAGCAGUGAAAAGGCUUGAUGGAUUCCGCCAAGGAGAGAAGCAAUUCAGGGCUGAGGUGAGCUCAACUGGGGUCAUCCAACAUGUCAACUUGGUUAUACUGAUUGGCUUUUGUUGUCAAGGUGAUAAGAGGUUACUUGUCUAUGAAUACAUGCCCAAUGGCUCCCUCGAUUCCCAUCUCUUCCAAAGCAAUGGCAUGGUGUUGGAUUGGACUACAAGGUACCAAAUAGCCCUUGGAAUUGCUAGAGGAUUAUCCUAUUUGCAUUCUAGUUGUCGGGCCUGUAUUAUACAUUGUGAUAUCAAACCGGAGAACAUACUUCUAGAUGGGUCUUUCACUCCUAAAGUCGCGGACUUUGGAAUGGCCAAACUUUUCCGAAGGGAUUUCAGCCAUGUUGUUACUACAAUGAGGGAAACCAUUAGAUACCUUGCUCCUGAAUGGAUCAGUGGAACUCCUAUCACAUCAAAAGUUGAUGUUUACAGCUAUGGCAUGGUUUUGUUAGAGAUUAUAUCAGGCAGCAGGAACUCGAGUAAGCAAUCCUCCUACGAAGAUGGCGUCCAUGAAGCAUAUUUUCCGGUGCGAGUUGCACGCAUAGUGAUUGCUACUUUGGUAGAUGCAAAGUUGUUGGGUGAAGUGAAUCAGGAGGAGGUUGAAAGAGUUUGCAAAGUCGCUUGCUGGUGUAUUCAAGAUGUUGAGUUUGACCGGCCUACAAUGAGUGAGGUGGUGCAGUUUCUCAAGUGUGUGUCUGAAGUUGAGACGCUUCCAAUGCCAAGAUUACUUCAAGCUAUCGCGGGACAGCCAAAUUCAAAGAUAAUGUAAUUGCUAGACUGGUUUCUCGUUUAAUCUCCUUGUAUGGUAGUUGCGCAUGUUGCUUUAUUUUUCUUUGUACAACUUUUGUAAUUUGGUUUUCCUAACUGGCUAUAAAAGUUUUGUUAUUUUGUUGACAAAUAUGCAGAUCUUGGUUAAAUAUCCCUUUUCAUGACAUCUCUUGGUUACAGUUUAAAUUUUGUUUCGCCUUUUAGUUCAAUGUAUAAUCAAACCGCUACUAGUAUAGGUAUUGGCGAAUACUAGCUCCAAUAAUCAAUCAAUACAUUCGGGAGAGCGACUCCAAUCUAAACACGCACCCACCCUUGAGCCCUGAUUAACGUUGAUAGAAUGGAUGGACACGUGUCAGCAUCACUGUAACAAGAGUUUGUGGAUCAAAGUUGGAAUUUACGCUGAUAUUACCAUCUUGGCCAUCAGAGAUGGCGAACCGGUCAGUAGCCCGGUAGGAAAUGCGACGACAGUGUGAGCAUUCAGUCCCAGAUUAGUGUUAACUGGUAUUGUCAUGUGUAGAUCGGAGGUGGCAUUAACCACCCUAGAUUUGUUGUAGAGACGAUAUUGUCUUGUAGUGUUAAUUGACGUUGUUGCUUGUAGACAAAGCUGCAAUUUUAUUAUCCAGCUGACGUGUCUGCAAAAUGUUCAAAGAUUGAGAUAGAGGGCAAAUUGAAGUUGCACAUCGUAGAGAAGUACUGGUUGCUACAGGGUGUGUUUGUGUGUGUUUUUAAACUG